AUGGGUGAAUACUCGAAAGCACUGGAAUAUUAUGAAAAAGCAAAACAAAUCUAUGAAAUAUCUCUGCCUCCAACUCCUCCCUUUUUGGCUACUUCCUACAACAACAUCGGUGGAGUGUAUUACAGUAUGGGUGAAUACUCGAAAGCACUUCCACUUCAAGAAAAAGCACUUGAUAUCUUUCGAAAGUCACUUCCUUCAACACAUCCAGAUAUUAAGAACGUGAUGAUUGGUAUAGCAGCAGCGAAAGAGAAGUUGUAA